AUGGCAAAGUUACUGUUCCUCAUACUCCCCAUCCUUUCCUUUGUCGUACCAUACCAUGGGUCCGUGGAGUUUUUCCGUCAACCACCACGACCACUUGUCUACACCCUUCACGAUGGUCCAAAGGCUCAUCCUCAACAGGUGCAUGUGUCAUUGGUCGGAAAGAAUUUCAUGAAGGUUUCAUGGGUAACCGAAGAAACUGAUGUGCCCUCUAGAGUCGACUAUGGAAAAGUUCAGUCGAAGUAUGACUCAUCAGCCACAGGAGAACAUUCUUCCUACAACUAUUUCUUCUAUACUUCCGGGGAGAUCCACCAUGUCACAAUCGGACCACUAGAUCCGGCUACCACCUAUUACUAUAGGUGUGGUGGCUCCGGACCAGAGUUUAACUUUCGAACACCCCCCGCAACCUUUCCCAUCGAGUUUGUAAUUGUUGGUGACCUUGGACAAACGGAAUGGACAAGCUCAACGCUGGACCAUAUUAAUGCAAGCAACUACGACGUUUUGCUCCUCCCUGGCGAUCUAUCUUAUGCAGAUUCACAACAACCACUUUGGGACUCAUUCGGGCGUUUGGUUGAGCCAUAUGCUAGCCGAAGGCCAUGGAUGGUUACAGAAGGGAACCAUGAACAAGAAAUAGUCCCGAUCAUCUACCCCAAUGGGUUCAAAGCCUACAACGCGCGUUGGCCCAUGCCACAUGAAGAAAGUGGUUCUGAAUCAAACCUCUAUUACUCAUUUGAUGUAGUGGGAACUCACAUCAUUAUGUUAGGUUCAUACGCGGAUUUUAGUGUUGAUUCGGAUCAAUAUAAAUGGUUAGCAAGUGACCUGGCUAAAAUUGAUAGAUCAAGAACACCAUGGGUUAUCGUGCUCCUCCAUGCGCCAUGGUAUAACUCCAAUCUGGCUCAUCAAGGAGAAGGUGAAAGUAUGCGGGUAGCAAUGGAAGAGAUUUUGUAUAACUCCAGUGUUGACAUGGUUUUUGCCGGCCAUGUUCAUGCAUACGAACGAUUUACUAGGGUGUAUGACAACAAAGUUGAUCCAUGUGGUCCAAUAUACAUAACCAUUGGCGAUGGAGGGAACAGAGAAGGUCUUGCCAUGACAUACAAAGAGCCUAGCCCUUCAAUAUCACUUUAUCGAGAGGCAAGCUUUGGACAUGGUCGAUUGAGAAUAAUGAAUGAAACACAUGCUCAUUGGUCAUGGCACCGCAACAACGACUCAGCAUCAUUUGCCGCAGAUAAUGUUUGGUUCAAAGGUUUGAGCUCGGCACCCUCAUGUAGCCAAAAGAUCCGAGGAAAAAAAUUUCAACACGAUGAGCUUUGAUCUUCUUGUAACCAUCAUUUUAUACUUAUGUGGUUUUUCAGAUUGCCUAUAUUUUAUGAAAUUGAUCGACGCUUAGCUAGGAAAAAAAU